AUGUUGCCGAAUUUAAACGAUGCUGCUAUCGCAGAGAUGCUCAUUGACUCUGGGGACGAGGGUGACGAUAAUGACGAAAUCGAUUUGGAUUGCUGUAAUGAAGAAAACUCCGAAUAUUCAAAUACCUCUUGUUCUGAUAAAGGCGAAGAUAAUGAUGACGAUAACAUACCUCUGAGUAUGCUAACAGCAUGGCAAAAUAAGCCCUUCAAUAGCAAACCCCUUCCAGAAGAUGCUGUUCGUGAUCCAGGAGAUAUUAAAACCCCAUACGAAUAUUUCGAGUGCUAUUUUACUGUCGAGCUCAUGGAACAGAUUGCUUUGACCACAAAUCAAUAUUAUAUGGCCAAUACUGGUUCACAAAUGAAACCUGUUUGUUCUCUACUUAAAGAAGUUUUUCGGAAUACAUGCCAUAGUUGGGUGUAUAAAAUUUCCAAGACUAAAGAUGAUUUGGAGCGAAAAUUUGGAGCAAAAAUACAGACCGAAGAACAAGCCAAAAAUAGAUUAUGGAGGGUGCAGCCUGUUAUCGAUGUCGUCCGAAACAGAUGCCUGCAGUUGCCUAGAGAUGCUGGUAACUAUUCAAUCGACGAACAAAUGAUACCUUUUGAAGGUCGGUGCGAUUUAAAGGUAGUUGUAAAAAACAAACCUCGUCCAGCAGGAUUGAAGAAUUUCGUUUUAACUACCUACAACGGACAAGUUCUAGACUUUGAAAUUUAUCAAGGCUCUACAACAUACUUACCUGAUUCAGAGAAUUUUGGAAUUGGUGCAGCUGUUAUAUUACGCUUGGCUAAUACAGUCCCAGAAGGAAGUUUUCUUUAUUUCGAUCGGUAUUUUUCCUCACUGCCUUUGAUGAAAGAGUUAGUUAAAAGUAAACUAGAAGGAACAGGAACUUUGAUGGCUAAUCGGUUUAACACCAAGAAGAAAACGCUAUAUGAAUUCAAGAAAGAUCAUAGGAUGAUUAGAGGAGAAGAUGAGGAGGUUGUCAACAGGGAAAACACCAUGAGCGUCGUAAAAUGGAAGGACAAUAAAGGAGUACUCAUGGUCUCAACAGCCUUUGGAGCAGAGCCGCGAACCCAGGUAUCAAGGUGGGAUAAAAAGAGGAAACGAUACAUUGAAGUCCCAUGUCCAGCCAUAGUAAAAAAUUACAAUACUUUCAUGGGUGGUGUUGAUAUUUGCGACCAGAUAUUGGAGACUUAUCGAACCUGGCGCAAAUCCAGAAAGUGGCCUGUAAAGGUGAUCAUCCACAUGUUUGACCUGGCUAUAGUAAACUCUUGGUUUGAGUAUCGUGCUGACUGUAAAGCAAAUAAUCGGAAAUCUAAACACAUCUUAGAUUUGCUGGCGUUCCGAUUGUCUAUUAGUGACCACCUUCUGAAUGGCCCUCCAAGAAAAAGACCAAGGGAAGAUCUGGAAUUUGCUGAUAUGCCUACCUCUUCUAGAUAUAGAGUGAAGUCUCUUCCCACGAUCGACCGACAGUACGACGGAUUUAACCACUGGCCAAUAUUCGACACUCUGAAGCAGCCUCGUUGCUGUUGUGCUCCUGGCUGCACUAGUCGAAGUCGCUGUCGCUGGUCAAAGUGCGACAUCUACUUGUGCCUUAACAAAGACCGAAAUUGUUUUUUCGAUUUUCACAACAAAGACUGA